AUGGAUUGGUUAUAUUGUUUAUUGUGCAAGUGUGUACUCGAGAGUAAUGCAAACUCAACCGGUGGUAUGAUAUAUUAUUUAUAUAAGCAUCAUGUAGAGGAACACAAAAUAUUUCGAGAUAAACAGCCUAUUUGGCAAAAAAACCGAGUAAAAACAGCCGUUUGUUCAACGCCAUUUCAACAUUUACAAGAUAUGUUAUGUUGCAAAGAACUUGAUCAAUUAAAAUCAUUUGAACUUAGUGGUUUAGUACGUGAAUGGAAAUUUAUUACGGGUGAAAAUUGGGAACGUUUAAUGUUAUCGUUGUCGCCGACUACAAAAUUAAAACAAUUUAAAAUUCAAAAUCUUCAUUUCUACUCUCUUUUCUAUGUACAAUUUGCAGUAUUGAAAUUACAAUUAGAAGUAUUACAAGCAAAUGAUUAUUUAAGACAACAAAAUUUCUAUUUCUAA